UCUUUGCGUCGUGCUCGUUCCGGGGUCUGGGCCGCUGCGAGACUGGAAGAAUUUGGUUGCGGUUGCCGACGGGGCGCAGCGGCUUCGUGCUACCCGCGCCCUGCUCGGCCAGUGGCUCCUGCCCCUCUUUUCUGGGGGUGGGGGAGGUGCCCGCUGGCGGCAUCAAUACCCCUAGGCGGUGUGUAGAUGGGCAUCUCCCGACACGCCCAGCUCGCACCUCCCACCCCUACUGGGGGUAGGGCUCCUGCCUGAGGGGCCCCCUGUGCUGCCACCAGCCCUCCUCCCGCCCUGGGGUAUGGCGGUGGAUCUCCUCGUUUCUCUCCCUUAGCUACGCUAGGGGUUGGGUGGUUCCUGCCCCCGGGGCCCGCUAGGCGUGGGAAAGAUGUCGGAGGCAGUGCUGUUGCUGCGGCGGGUGCGGGAGCGCAGCAGUGAGGGGGGUCCGGGGGCCCGGAGGAAGCGGAGCAGGCGGCGCCGUUUCUACCCUGAGCACCGGGUGUACCGCGCCCGCAGCUCCUUCCUGGAUCUCAGCGAGGAGCAGGUGCUGCGGCGCUACCGUCUGGACAAGGCAGCUAUUGCGGGGCUCUGCAGCGAGCUGGGCUCUGACCUGGAGAGCCUGACAGGUCGCAGCCACGCCCUGCCGGUGGCCGUCAAGGUGACCUCAGCCCUCACCUUCCUGGCUUCAGGCUCCUUCCAGACAGCCACACGGGACACUACAGGCAUCAGCCAGUCAGCCAUGUCCAACUGCCUGGCCCAAUUCCUGGAGGCACUGCAGCGCCGGGCUGCCCGCUACAUUACCUUCCCUGUCCCAGUCCCCACGGCAGGGCAUGCUGAGGGCCGCUUCCCUGGGGUGCUGGGCCUGCUAGGCAGCAUGCAUGUGGCGCUGCGGGCCCCCUCAGAAAACGAGCUUGCCUACCGCAAUGCCCGCAACUACCACUCCAUGAACAUGCAGGUGGUGUGUGAUUCUCAUGGCACCAUCAUCAACGUGGUGGCCAAGUACCCUGGCUCCUGCCCCAACGCCGCCGUGCUGGAGAACUCUGCCCUUGCUCGGCUGCUUGACGGAGCCCGGCUUGACGGGCUGUGGCUGCUGGGAGACCGAAGUUACCCGCUGAAAACAUGGCUCAUGACUCCAAUUUUAUUCCCAUGUAGUCCGGGAGAGGAGAAGUACAAUGCCAUGCACCAGGAGGCCCUCUCCGUGCUCAAGCAGACAUGCACCCUAUUGAAAAUGCGUUUCCGCUGCCUGGAUAAAUCAAGUGGCUCCUUGCAGUACACCCCCCAGAAAGUCUGCCAGAUCUUCCUGGCCUGCUGUAUACUGCACAACAUCGCCCUGAGCCGCAGGAUGCCCUUAGACCUGGCAGAGGGGGAGGAGCUGGUGGAGGGGUCGGAUGCUGACCCGGAGCUCCCAGUGCAAACCCCCUUUGUUCAGAUCUCCAGUGAGGCCCGGGCAGUGAGAGCGCGAAUUGUGCAACGAUUCAGAGAGAGCCUGACCUAGAGCAGCAUCCUUGUGCUGCACCAGCUGCUUCUGAAACAGCUCUUGGUGGGGAAAAGGACCAACAUGCCAAGUUUUUCCCCUCAGCAUCUGGUACAAACCACGCACUUCACCCUCUCUAUAGGCAGCUGGAAUGUAUCUUAUCCUGGAGCUGGUGGCAUUCCCAACACUGACCUGUCCUAGGAAGAGCUGCCAGCAAUUCCAGCUUCUGACACAGGAUUUCACUGUGGGGAUUGCAUUUUGUUUAAAAAUCUUGGUCUAAUUUUUUCCAUAGAGUAGUGACUGAGAGGAUGGUUCUAUGGGCCUGGAAGAAGCUACCAUCUUUAUGCCCCAGAGCUGUUACUGGGUGUGGACUGGCUGUUCCUGAAGCCAAACUGUACUUGACUCUCACAUGUUGUUGCUCUUUUAGUCUAGCUGCGGGUGAGAUAAAAAAUUCGGCUGCCCAUGGAUUGCUGCUUGGCUGAAACUGGCAGUUCGGAGUGAACUGAACCCCUCCAAAGAAAGGAGAGUAAUGAAUGGAAGUUUCCUUUAUUGAGAAGCAGUGUUUCCUCCUAUCCUGAGCAAAGCUGGGGAUUGGAACUCCCCAAAUCAUCAUCCCUGCUCUAUCCCUGAGCUGCCCAGCAGCUUUGGCCAAGUUGCCUGUGUAGGUAGGGGUUCUAGUGGUAGUGACUCUUCCAGCCAGGGAUGUAGUGAGGACAGGUUAGUCUAUGUUCUGAAAAUGUCCAAGCCCCAACUUGGAAAAGUGCAUGCCUGCAGCCUACUGCACUGUAAAUUAAGGAGCCCCUUCUCAUUGUCACAGACCAUUUUGCUCCUGCCUUGUAAUUCUUGAGGGCCCUGGCUAAUGCCUUCAUUUCCAAGGCAGGGUGCUGUAUGCUGGCAGGAGAGAGGGGUUCUGGCUCUUAGAUGGCAGAAACCUAAUUUCACCCCCUCUGCUCUGUUGGAUGCCUCCUGCGCUCUGGUUCAUGAAGCUGGGAAUCCAAGGGGGAAGUGGUGAGCAGUGGGUUGGGGACUGGGCUCAAGGCCUGGGGCACGUGAUUGGGAGAAUGGUCUCUGAGUGGAGGCAUGGUGGUCCCCUGCUAGGGAGAGGCAGAGGCACAGGCAUGAUAACACUGGUCUUCAGCAUUCUAAAGGUUAACUGUUCCUCACCCACUUUCCAGUGCUAAAGUACUGAUUGCCAAGAGAUCAGUAUACCCAUAGGAUUGCCCUGACACUGCCCAUGCCACUCUAGGGCAGCUUGUGGAUGAAGUGGAUGCAGGCAAUGGGAGACAGCUAGAGCUGGGAGUGAUUCGAGUGACACUGGAGAGCGCAGAAGACAGUUGAGGACGCAUUUAAUGUUUCUGUGCCCCAUUUAAGCUCUUCUGCUUUAUUUCACCCCCAGGGGAGCAGAAACCAGAUGUACUACCAGGCCCAAGUCAGAUGAUGACAACCAGAGUUCUCUCACUCUCAAAACUGGCUACUUAGUUCUCCAUCUUAGCAUGCAAAGCACCUGCUCUGUGCGAUCCAGUCCUUGUUGCAGGUGAUGCUCCCUGCAGCAUAGAGGAGGAAACUAUUUUUUGUGAGGGGAAAAUAAAGGUAUUUUCUUAGAAAUGUUUGGGUUGUUCUUGUUAAAGGAGUGUCUGGAGUAGAGAGUGGGGAGGCCAGAACCUGCAUUUUAUGCCUGGCUUUGACAGUGAGUCACUGCACCCGCUUGCUUAAUCUUUGCUUGCCCAUUUGUAAAAUUGACUGUCCUCAGAAGCUGGAUGCUCAUCCAUCGAGCUGUAUAAAUGCAGACUUACUUUCUUGGUGGAGUUUGCACCUAGGCACAUCCCAUAUGUCCAUCUACACCACUCUAUGCGGGCCUCAUCCUACCCUUGUGUAUAUAUUAUUUCCCCUGCCUGUCUCCAUGUGGUUACGCCGUAGGAACAUAAGAACAGCUACAAUAUAUCAGAGGAGAGAAUCCCUCUAGCACAGUAUCUUGUCUCUAAUAGUGAUCACUACAAAAGGAAGGGCCAAGAAAUCCUGCCAUGAAGGGAUAACCUGUCCUCCUGAGCCAUUCUCUCCUGACCUCAAGAGUUAGUGAUUGUUAAAUGCCCCGAUGCAGGAUGGUUUGGAUCCCUUCUGGAACUCGUGGAGAUUCUCUUUAGCCAUAUACUGUCCAACCCCUUUAUGAAUGCUGCUAAGCUGUUCGCCUUGAUGAUGUCUUGUGGCAUUGAGAUCCACAGGCUAGGGUGUAGGAAUGGCCAUUGGCUGGGCUGUACGGUGGCCCAUGUGUGUACCUGCAGCUGAGCUGAGCGCCCAAGCAGUUGGAUAGCCUGAUGUGUAAAUGUGGAGCUUGCAGCCUGAUGUGUAAAUGUGAGGCGCUCUUAUCGCCAGCUAUGAGAAAUAGGCAGUUAUUAAGUGCUACCUACAGGUAGCUUUCCCUGCACUGUGGGAUAUAGAAGUGGCGUCUCCCUUACUAAUGCCAUAUGAGAAGGCACCAAGGUGCCUCUGACACAAGGGAAUACUGCAGCCUAUCCCUGUCCUUGUGAAGCCAGGGUCCCAUCCAGCUCAUUUAGCCAGUGGGAAUCUUCGCGAGCAAAGUCAGCUCUGGAUGCUGUGUGCUGAUUCUCUGCUACAGUGGAUGCCUCACUGGGGCAAGGCUGCAUGGCCUAGUGGAUAAAGCAGUGGACUGGGACUUGGGAGGUCACUGGCCUGCUGGGUGACAUUGGGCAAAUCACUUCCUCUCUCUCUGCCUAUUUUCCCUUCUGUAAAAUGGGGAUAAUACUGAUCUUUGCAAAGUGCACUCAGCUCUACAGAUGAAUAGUACUGUGGGAUUGCUGUCAUUAAAGCUGAAGGAUGGUCUCUGUUUUAAGUUGGACAAAUUCAUAUCUGGGGCUGUAAUUUUCCAGGCUCAAUCUGUCCCUACAGGUGACUUUAAUAGUUUGCAGCUGAUGUGGUUGUGCCAUUUUGAAUAGGGUAUGGAGGGGUUAAUAGAUAUUUUCCAUAAUAAAAUAUUCUUGCUCCCUA